AUGGCAUCAGGAAACCUUCAAUGGGCAGCGCCUAAACCUUUGAAAUUAGACGGGAACGUCAGUGAAAACUUUCGCAAAUUUGAGGAGCACUGGACGCUCUUCGAGAAGACUGAGCUAAAAGGACGGUCUGAAGAGGAAAGAUGCUCAUACUUUCUUCUAUGCAUUGGAGAGAAAGGCCGAGAAGUUCACAAGACCUUGACGUUCGCAACGCCAGAAACAGAGACAAACCAAGAGGGGGCAACAACGUGGAAGAGAACAACAAACGAGCUAAAAUCAGCGUUUAAAACCUACUGUAAUCCGAGAAAGAACAUUACGUUCGAACGACACAAAUUCAACAUACGGAAUCAAGACGAAAACGAAAGCAUCGACCAGUAUGUGACUGUUUUGCGCACUCUCGCAGCAACAUGUGAAUUUGAGACACUUCACGAUGGGCUAAUUCGUGACCGGAUAGUUUGUGGAAUUCGUAACCAAAGUAUUAAAGAACGUCUACUUCGUGAAUCCGAGUUAACCCUGCAGAAAACCUUGGAUAUAUGCCGAGCAUCCGAAGUAUCUCGCAAGCAAGUGAAGUCGCUAAGCGAUCAGAGUUCCGCCAAUGUCGACGCAUUGGGGAAAGACCAGCGAAAACACAAUUACAGAGGGAAUUUUCGCAACCACAACAACAAACCGGAAACGGAAAACCCCCAAACAAAUCCUACGGUAAUUGUGGUUGAGUUCACGAGCCAAAAUCUUGCCCUGCAUACGGGAAAAAGUGCAAUAACUGUCAAAAACUAG